AUGGAGAUGCAGAUGACUUUUUACUGGGGCUAUGAUGCCAUUAUUCUUUUUCCGUGGUGGCAGACAUCGACAGCCGUCGAGUUCUACCUCUCUUGCGUUUGCAUCUUCGCCCUGUGUCUCGUCAGCGCCAAACUCAAGGCAGUUUGCUGUGAGUUGCAGCGUGGGGAUGCCCACGCUGCGGCACCUACGCGUCCGGCGGUGCGCGAGGUCUGUUCUGAAGGUUCUGUGGAGACGGCGAGUGGAGGCUCUAACGAGAUGAACGGUUUACCAAGUGUUAUGACAACCGCGAGUGACAGGUGGCCAGCAGCGCCGCCGCUUCUGCAAGGUGGUGGUCUACAGUCGCUGUACAGCUUGCACCCAGGGUCCUGGACCCGGGUCUCUGUCAGCAGCCCCACCGAGGGAAGCCACCGCUGUUUGAAGGCGAAGCCUCUGGCAGUUUGUGCAAUUUCGGGUCGUAUGUCGUUCGUGCCUCACUGCGAUUCGUUGCACGCUAUUCGCAGUAAAUCGUACACCGAGUAUUGGACCUCUCAUUCUAACAUGGCGCUCUUGUGCAUAGCCGUGGCGAUUGACUGGGGCAUGAUGCUGGUUUGCAUGACCUUCAACGCCGGCCUCUUCUGCGCAGUUGUUGGCGGCGUCGCGACGGGCCAGCUGUUAAAUAAACGCGGGGCCCCACGAGGAGGGGACUGCUGUUCCGGCACUGCCCACAGCUGA